AUGCCUACGGGCGAGGCGAUCGGUCCUUCUGGAGUGUUGCUACACACACCCGGGUUGGUGUUCCCCUUCGUGACGUUCUCCAAGAACCUGGCGGCGCUGCCGGGCAUAUCGCCACGGUGCCGCGAAGUGAUCAUUAUCUUGGUCAGCACGUUGAUGGAGACUCCGGUGGAGGUACACUUGCACAAGAUCCAGGCGUCAACCUUGGGGUUCACGCCAGAUGAACUGAACACGAUCGAGAGGGCCGAGUGCCCCGCGAGCCUCAAAGAAGAUGAGAAGGUCUGCUUCGAGGUAGCCAAGGAGAUGACGCUUAAAAUCGGCACGCUUAAGCUGGAGCUCUGGGACAAGGCCGUCGAGGUCCUCAGCAAGCCGGGCGCUGCCGCUUUGGUUCAAAACAUCGCCUUCUACAAGUACGUCUCGACCUUCAUGAACGGCUUCGCCGGUGAACUGCCCCCUAAGACGCUGCAAGGUUGGAAUCGAUAG